AUUUAGAAAGAGAGGGACGGUAGGAGAGAAUCUUUUAGCGUCCAAAAUCUUUCUGUCGUGUAUCCGUCUUCCCCUCUGCGUCGAAGGAAAUCUCCCGUCUCGUCGUCGCUCCUUGCGCCGAUCUCCAUCCCGCGAGUCGCGAGCAGAGAGCAGGGGAGGGGAGGGGAGGGGCGCAGUCACCCGUCCUGCUGCAUCCUGACUAUGCUCUUUCUAAUAGAGGUAACAUAGUUGGAUGGAUGAUGUUUAUGGAAGGAUAGAGGUCUUCCCCCAGCACUUCUUACCAUCACAACAAUCCAUGGAGACCCCUGCUGAUGGUCUCUCCACAAGUAAGACUAACCUGGAUUCUCCACCAAGUUCACGUAGACGUUCCUGGACUCCGAAACGAGUAAUGGGAGCUGCAUCACUUUUGCAUUUAUUGUCUCUUCCUCGCAUAAGAUGGUCUUCCAGCACUGAGGAUGAUGACAAGAUUGAGCUAACCAGAGCUGAAGUAGAAUCAUUAAGAACCGAGAUUGCUGAUGCUGAAGAGAGGGAAUCUCAGUUAAAAGCUCGGUUGGAAAAUAUUGAUGAAGUUUUGAGAUAUGCACGGCUCUCUGGGUAUCUCUAUAUUAGAAGUAGAUGGACUCAACUUCCUGGAGAGCCACCUAUUCUAGAUGAUGCUGAUGUCGAUGAUUGGCUUCCUCGGUUUGUUGUUCUGCAAGGGCAAUGUGUAUACUAUUAUCUUAAAUCUACAGAUCUAAGUCCACAAGAAUCCACACUGCUGUGUGAUAUUGUGGAAGUGGGACAGCUUCCGAACUUUGUGCCAGAAGAUGAGAAAACAAGAUACGCAUUCUACAUAAUGACCAGUCAAGGUUUGAAGUUUGAAUGCUCGAGCAUGUCUGAGAUACAGGUGGAUUCAUGGGUGAGAGCGAUAAGAGGAGAUUGCGGAUUGUCUGACGGUGGUGAGAGUAGGAGCAAGACAAGCAGGCAAGAAGUUGGGUCAUGGUAAUCAAUCCUUGUUCUUGAAGGGCGUACACAUUAAGAUGUAUUAUGCAGUGAUGUACAGUAGAUAAGUCGAGAAAAUAUAUAGUGAAAAACUUGGAAACUAGCAUAAGAUGUAAAAAGAUGUCCAUUUUUUAAUCUUACGAUAGUUUUCAGGUUUUAAGUAGAUAGGUGGUUUUUUUUUUCCCAUAGAGAAGCGAAUGCCUGUGCUGAUAGCAACUAUGUGUGGAUACAUGUAAAUGGGCAAAGUGUAAGACAUUGCAUAUGUAUGUGGUGAUACAUGUAAAUGGGCAAGUGUAAGACAUUUGAAUCGGUUAACUGAAGAUUUGGGAGUUGUGAGGAACAA